AUGUCUGAUAAGAAGGCGAAUAAAACGAAUACUUUGAAAGCAAUAAUGGAAAAUAUAACAACUAUACAUGGAACACUCAAUGUCAAUUGCAAAGUGUCAGAUGUACCAUUUCCUGCUGUCAGUAUUUGCAAUUUCAAUAUCAUAUCUUUGAAGGCAACGAAGCGUAUAGAACAAUUACUGUUGAAGAACAACAGAAGUCAAAGUGAAAUUAACAGUUUCUUCAGUGAUCUUGCGUACUUGACAAAUUAUGACAUCGACAGUACUCGAGUAGGUCAUUACAAGGAGAUAAUGGACAUUUUGAAAUACCAUUACUUCACUGUAAACACCAUAAUGGAAGAGUUGCAUCAGAAAUGCGAAAACCUCGCAGUGUACUGCAUGUUUAAUACAAUAGAAAAGAAUUGCAGUGACAUGUUCAGUCUAGUCAAAACUGUCGAUGGGUACUGCUGCGGCUUUAACUAUGGUAUGCCAAAUGACGGCAGUAAAGAUAAUCUGUUACAAUCUGGUGACAAUAUAGAAUAUUUCGAGGAGCAGUCUGAUGAUAAAUCGACAAAUUUACGUAUUCUAGCCACUCCAAAGGCUGGAAGAACAUCGGGAAUUUAUGUUGUCUUCAAUUUGGAACCAGAAGAUUAUCCCAGCUGGGCUUACGUUCCAUAUGUUGGAGCGAAUAUAAUAUUGAGUGACCCAAGCGACUUUCCUGAAACAACAAUUCUGUCUAAAUUCGUCUCGUCUGGGGAAAGUUUAGAUUUUAACCUCGAGCCGUUGAUCUUUCAAAUUGACCCUCGAAUUCGGGAUGUACAAGUGUCUAAACGCAAUUGUUUAUUUCAUGAUGAGUUACAUUUAGAGAAUUCAAAUAAAUAUAGCUUCGAGACAUGUAGCACUGAAUGUAGAGUGCAUACAUUACUAAAAUAUUGUGGCUGUGUGCCGUACAAAUAUCCAAAAAAAGCAUCUCAACGGGCUUGUGAAUUUGAAGAUUUGGCAUGUCUCAUUAAUGUUACUACUCACGUGUCUGUAAAUCCGAUGUCUUGCAACCCACAAUGUUUCGUAGAGUGCAACGACAAGCUAUAUACAAUGAAAAGCAAAUCUGUACCCUUCGUACCAGAAAUGGUACCUGAAAACAUCAUAGCCGGUCAUAAUGUCAGCCAGCUGACUUCUCUGCGCGUGUACUAUGGCAGACCCAUAUGCAACUGUUACAAGCUGGUCUACUUGAUCGACACCAACUAUAUAAUUGCUACGUUUGGAGGAGUGUUCUCACUAAGCUUCGGUGGCUCGAUACUGACUCUUAUUGAACUGGCGUACCUUUUAAUUUCCGCGUUGUUGAUAUUACUAUUGAGAAUCUGCAGAAAGUAUUUCGGAAAUAUAAAUUAA